GAAACUGGAUACAUUGUUUACAGCAGGUCACUAAUGCUGGAAAAAGUACAGAGUCCAGGGAAAUACUUGCUUGUAACUUUCUGGAUUCUUGGAUUUUUUUUGUUUUUUGCUUUUUCUUAACUUUCACUAAGGGUUACUGUAGUCUGAUGUGUCCUCCCCAAGGCUACAAAAUUUGACAAGCUGCACUUUUUCUUAUGCUCAAUGAUUUCUGCUUUAAGCCAAAGGACUGCCUAUAAUUUCAUUAACAAUGUCUUCUAAUUCGGAUACUGGGGAUUUACAAGAAUCUCUAAAGCACGGACUUACACCUAUUGGUGCUGGGCUUCCGGACCGGCACGGCCCCUACCCCGCCCGCGGCCGCCUUGUCAUGCUGCCCAAAGUGGAGACGGAAGCUCUGGGACUGGCUCGGUCGCAUGGGGAACAGGGGCAGAUGCCGGAAAACAUGCAAGUGUCUCAGUUUAAAAUGGUGAAUUACUCCUAUGAUGAAGAUCUUGAGGAACUCUGUCCCGUUUGUGGAGAUAAAGUGUCUGGGUACCAUUAUGGGCUCCUCACCUGUGAAAGCUGCAAGGGCUUUUUUAAGCGAACAGUCCAAAAUAAUAAAAGGUACACGUGUAUAGAAAACCAGAACUGCCAAAUUGACAAGACACAGAGAAAGCGCUGUCCUUACUGUCGAUUUCAAAAAUGUCUAAGUGUUGGAAUGAAGCUAGAAGCGGUAAGGGCGGACCGAAUGCGCGGAGGGAGGAAUAAGUUUGGGCCCAUGUACAAGAGGGACAGGGCCCUGAAGCAGCAGAAAAAAGCCCUCAUCCGAGCCAAUGGACUUAAGCUAGAAGCCAUGUCUCAGGUGAUCCAAGCCAUGCCCUCCGAGCUGAGCAUCUCCUCUGCAAUUCAGAACAUCCAUUCUGUCUCCAAAGGCCUACCUCUGAACCAUGCUGCCUUGCCUCCUACAGACUACGACCGCAGUCCCUUUGUCACGUCCCCCAUCAGCAUGACAAUGCCACCUCCUGGCAGCCUGCAAGGGUACCAGACCUACAGCCACUUUCCCAGCCGGGCCAUCAAGUCUGAGUACCCAGAUCCCUACACCAGCUCCCCGGAGUCCAUCAUGGGCUACUCCUACAUGGACAGUUACCAGACCAGCUCCCCCGCCAGCAUGCCCCACCUGAUCCUGGAACUGCUGAAGUGUGAGCCCGAUGAGCCCCAGGUCCAGGCCAAGAUCAUGGCCUAUCUGCAGCAGGAGCAGGCGAACCGCAGCAAACACGAGAGGCUGAGUACGUUCGGGCUCAUGUGCAAGAUGGCAGAUCAGACCCUAUUCUCCAUCGUGGAGUGGGCCCGGAGUAGCGUCUUCUUCCGGGAGCUCAAGGUUGAUGACCAAAUGAAGCUGCUUCAGAACUGCUGGAGUGAGCUCUUAAUUCUCGACCACAUUUACCGACAAGUGGUUCACGGAAAGGAAGGAUCCAUCUUUCUGGUUACUGGGCAACAGGUGGAUUAUUCCAUCAUAGCCUCACAAGCGGGGGCCACACUCAACAACCUCAUGAGUCACGCACAGGAGUUGGUGGCAAAGCUUCGUUCUCUACAGUUUGACCAACGAGAGUUCGUGUGUCUGAAAUUCUUGGUGCUUUUUAGUUUAGAUGUCAAAAACCUGGAGAACUUCCAGCUGGUCGAAGGUGUCCAGGAGCAAGUUAACGCUGCCCUGCUGGACUAUACUAUGUGCAACUACCCACAGCAAACAGAGAAAUUCGGGCAGCUGCUACUCCGACUACCUGAAAUCCGGGCCAUCAGCAUGCAGGCCGAGGAAUACCUCUACUACAAGCACCUGAACGGGGAUGUCCCCUACAACAACCUGCUGAUUGAAAUGUUGCAUGCGAAACGAGCUUAGUUACAGCCCCUAGGAGUGCGGCUUCCAAAACACAAAGAGAUUGGUGGGGGAAAAGAACAGGAAGAAAGGGAAAAGAUGAAAUAAAAUACUCUGAAUGGCUCCAAGCAACACGAAUUGAACAGUUGGUUUAAAGAUGUUGAAUUUAAUAAAGCAUAAUAAUCAAAUACUUAAUAGCCAAUCAAUGAUGGAUCAGGGUGUUUGUAUUGCAGACUGUGAAUCAAAGGCGUCACAUCCCCAAAGAAUUCCGUAUAAAAGACAUUGGAAUGGAGUGAAUUGAAGUCACAGGUGGAUCCCAACACCACAUCCGGAUGAAAAUGGACAGAACAGUUCUUGUAUAGUGAAACUGAUCUCCGCUGUGAAGAAAUCUAGGAACUGAUCUGGGUUAUCCAUUAGGCUUUUGUAGCGGGGGAUUUGAGCUUACAGAAUUCCUCCGCGGUAAAGCUGAACUGAAACCAUUCUCAAGAGUUCAUCAGCUGCACCGAUCAUAGCCCCUUCCCUCUUCCUUUCAAGGACGCGGCACCUUCUGUCCCGUGAUCAAGGAAUCUGUACUAAGGACUAGCGCUCAGCCACACCCACUAGUAGCUCCACCAAAUCAUGAAAAGCCUAAUCUCGAAUGUCUGUGUCUUAGACCUGCAAACAGCUAAUAAGAACAGUCUAUGAAUAUGUUAGCUUGCCAUUUUGACUAUGUUCUGGUUUGUUUUGUCAUGUGUUCAUGUUAAAAAAAGAAAAAAAGCAGGCAGUAUCCCUCUCCUGGUCUUAUAUAAAGCAUUAAUUAAUAUUAAGGGCCACGAGUACAAACUUGGAAAGCUUUUAGCUUUAGCACUGUAGGAUUUCAUUACAAUUUCCAGCAGAAAGGCUUGUUAGACUACAUCAGCCUUUUUAACCAUCAGGGUUUGUAGUUCAUUAAAAAAUACAACAUGAAAUGUAUUUUGCUGGGAUGUCAAUUAGUCACGGUUCUAAAUAGUUUCAAACGAAACUGAAGUGUGUUAAGCUAUGCAAAAUAAAGGAAGGGAUGCGCAGAUAAAUUGACUCGUUGCAAUUGAUCAUCCCCUAAACGCGGAGAGGAAACGGUGAUCUUUACGUAUGGUCUGGAAAGAUAGUAAAGCGAUUCAAAUCUUCCCCAGAAGGGAAGGGAAGAGAGUGAUACUGACCUUUCUAAGUCUCAAAGUCUGCUGUUGAACAAAUUGGAGGACAGAGAAUUGCGAAACAAACUCUCCAAACGAUGCUGUCAGUAUUAUUAACAGGCGAUGCCACAGAUACAGAAGUCUUGCCUUACUUCACAAUUCUCAAAGGUAGCUGUGCAGAUGUGGAUCAACAUUUGUUUAAAAUAAAGUAUUAAUGCUUUAAAGUCAAAUAAAAUAGAGUGUUUACAUUCUUUAGGUCCUCUAGGGGGAGGGGGGAACCUGUGAUAUGACAAAAGAGCUAAAGCAGUAAUUACCUUAAUGUUAUUUUUCUGAUUGGUAAUUAUUUUUAACAGUACUUAGUUAUUAUAUGUCGUGAGACACUAAAAUCAAAAACGGGAAUCUCAUUUACACUUUAAUUUUUUUUGAGAUUAUCGGCGGCACAAUCACUUGUAGAAACUGUAAAAAAAAAAUGAAAGUAUCUCCUAGUCCCUUAAUUUUUUCAUAAAUGUUUCUGGCUUUUGAAUAGUUUAUUUAUAUUGUAUAUCAUAGUUUCAACUGUAGACAAUUAUGAUGCUAAUUUAUUGUUCCUUGGUUUCGCCUUUGUCUAAGAUAGCCAAGACUGAAGAAACCAAAUAUAUGUGUUUAUUGUAGCAUGUCAAGUUAGCGGAACAUAGUUCAGAGACAGAGAGGGGUCUUAAUGAAUUAAAAUCAUUCACUUGAUUAAAUGUCUGUAAAUCUUCAUAAUUCUUACUGUAGUUUAUUUAAUAUCUAUUGUAAAUUAUGUGACUUGUAACCUCCUCUGUUUUCAAGUAAAUUUAACAAGGGGUGGAGUCUUACCUGGUUUUUCUUUCCAAGCGUUGUAAGUUGUAUACCAAAGAUAUUGGUUAUUACUUCUGUGUGUGUACAAAGAGGAUUAUUUUAUUAUUUUUAUUAAUCACCUCUAAUACGCGUCCAUGUGAAGGGUACCCAUCAGCUAAGCCGGGCGUCCACAGCCCCUCGUGCAAAGCUUGGUCACCCGUGUCAUCUCCGUGGCUCAGAGGACAACGGAAAAAUAGAGUCCGUAUCCAAAGCAGUAAAUAAAACAGCAGCAUCUUUGCUCUCCCCAGUUAAAAACCAGUUUGGAGGGGAAGAGUGUCAGCAGUUAAUGAAAUGGUUCCAUCAAUGGGUGUGGAACAUGGGUGGAAGCAAUUUCGAGAUUUGGGGGAUAGUUAUUUGGAGGGUCCUUAACAUUGCAAGAAAAUUGUAAAAAACAAACACAUUGAUUCCCAAAGUCCAGGUUUUAUUUGAAAUAUACAGUAUUCCCCACUGACUAUUAACACCUAAAAGAUGUCGCAUAUUGGUAUGCUGUUGGCCUAGUAAAUUACACCAUGAGGACAGCUAGAAAGAGGGGCAACACGGAGAUUACAGCCACGCUGCUGGUGCCAUUAAAGGCAGAAGCUGAUAAACAAGAAUGCCAGCCGCUUGGCGCCCGUGGCCCCCGCGAGGCGCGCAAGCGAGUUUUCUCUAGUGUUCAUCGUUAAGUGGCUUACAGCCGGACGUUGACUUAGCAACUGCUUUAUCAACUACAGGAUUUAUUAGUAAAAACAGACUCACAUAUGAAGGUUUGGGGCUUGGCCUGGUUUAUUAUCGUUAGUCUAUGUUUAUAAACAAAAUCUGCCAUGUCUGAAUAUUUGUCUUAUGGAUCAUCUGCUGCUCUCUUGGAUCUGAACCCAUGCAAUGUUUAGAGUGUGAAGUUGGUUCCUUGUUGACAUUACUUACUGUAUCAGUGAAAUCAAAUUGUCCUGUUGGUUCUUGCCAGGAAUUUCUCAACAAAAUGGAAUUUUUUUUCAGUAUUUCAAUAAAUGUUGAUAUGCCCAGCCUGA